UGUCCGCCAUGGCCAAAGCCUACGACCACCUCUUCAAGUUGCUGCUCAUCGGGGACUCGGGCGUGGGCAAGACCUGUCUCAUCAUUCGCUUCGCCGAGGACAGCUUCAACAACACCUACAUCUCCACCAUUGGAAUUGACUUCAAGAUCCGCACUGUGGAUGUAGAGGGGAAGAAGAUCAAGUUGCAGGCCUGGGACACAGCUGGCCAGGAGCUAUUCAAGACAAUAACUACUGCAUAUUACCAUGGAGCCAUGGGCAUUAUCCUCGUAUAUGACAUCACAAAUGAGAAAUCCUUUGAGAAUAUCCAGAACUGGAUGAAAAGCAUCAAAGAGAAUGCCUCAGCUGGGGUGGAGCGCCUGCUUCUAGGGAACAAGUGUGACAUGGAGGCCAAGAGAAAGGUGCAGAAGGAGCAGGCCAUCAAGCUGGCUCGGGAGCAUGGAAUCCGAUUCUUUGAGACAAGUGCCAAAUCCAGCACGAAUGUGGAUGAGGCUUUCAGUUCCCUGGCCCGGGACAUCCUGCUCAAGUCAGGAGGCCGGAGAUUGGGAAACAGCCAUAAGCCCCCCGGCACUGACCUGAAACCCUGUGAUAAGAAGAACACCAGCAAGUGCUCCCUCUGCUGAGGACCCUAGGCCCAGAGGCUGAACCUCAGGGAGGCAGGGCUAUGGGUGGGCAGGGGAGAAACA